CCUGCCUUUUAUGAUCGCUGACGUCCCUCUCUCCCUGCCUCCCCUCUCCGUCUCUCUCUUGUCACUGUGUGUUUCGGGAGGUGGUGCGGUGUGGUCGGGGGGUGUCCCGGUUUUCUUUCAUCGUCUUCGCCGAGAAGAAAACGUUAUGUUUUGGAAACACAGGACACUUCUUCUUCGCUUUCUGUAACGCCGGAGACCGUUGAAUUCACCGCCGGAGCCAUGGCAACGAGACCGAGUAAGAAGAGCUAAAGGGCGGACUGGACUGAGAGACUGAACAUCCGCCGCUUUCUUUUUCAUUAAUCCGCAUUUUGCCAUUCAUUUAAACCCCCCCCCCAAGGCUUCGUGCCACUUUUUUUUUUAAGGCAGUCCCUGUUUCUGUUUUUCCUCUGGAGCCACCGGCUUGACGUUUGCCACCAAGAAAAUCACAUUAGGAAGCUAACAGGAAAACAGUCCCCCCCCCUCCUCCUCCUCCUCCUCCUCCUCUUCCUCUUCUCCCAACUGAACCCGCGGUGGUCGAAGAAGGGACACAGCCUGAGAGACCACCUCUUGUGUUUCCCCCUUUUUUAAAAAAAACCCUCAUAUAUUGCCUCAAUGGUGGUGUUUCCGAUGCAGCUGGAAGUGAAGCCAUCGGGAUUGUUUCCUUUAUGAUCCGGUCCUUGCGCACCGACAUGGUACGAUAACGUCUGAGGGCAGGAUCAGGGGGGUGAAAGUGAGAAGACAAGUGGGGGUUGUUUUUCCCCUUCAGAUGAGGCGGGGUUGGUACCACCACCAUCAACACCACCAACACCAUCAACACCAACACCACCAGCAGCAGCAGACAGACAUGAGGUGGAUGUAACCACUUUGUAUUUGAACGCAUCAUUUUAAGCUGGAUCACCGUCUUGUGGUGAUCUGUGCUGCCUUCAAGUACCGUGACAAAGAUGAUUGUAUGAGAGGUGAAGUUGUUUUUUCCCCCCCUCCUCCUCCUCCUCCUUCCUGAUACAGAGCCUGGUGUGACUGACACUUUUGGCUAACCUGGGCUGUGUGUUUUUAUAACCCAGUGUGAACAGAACCCCCCCCCCCCCACCCCCCUCUCAGUUCUUUAUUUCCUGUUGGACGACAAGACGAACUCAGGGACGGAAAAUGUCUUUACGCACGGCACUGCCUGGGAACGAGCGGACCGCGGACCAUCAUACCUCCCUGUCAGCCAGCCGCUCAGAGAAGGGUACUGGCUGGUCCAGCCGUUCGCUUGGUGCCCGAUGUCGUAACUCCAUUGCCUUGUGUUCAGAUGAGCAGCCACACAUCGGAAACUACCGGCUGCUCAAAACCAUCGGCAAAGGCAACUUCGCCAAAGUCAAACUGGCACGGCACAUACUGACCGGCAGAGAGGUUGCAAUUAAGAUCAUAGACAAAACACAACUGAACCCGACCAGCCUUCAGAAGCUGUUUCGAGAGGUACGCAUCAUGAAAACUCUCAACCAUCCCAACAUCGUACAAUUGUUUGAGGUGAUUGAGACUGAGAAGACUCUCUACCUGAUUAUGGAGUAUGCCAGCGGAGGCGAAGUGUUCGACUACCUCGUGGCUCACGGCAGAAUGAAGGAGAAAGAGGCCAGAGCCAAGUUCAGACAGAUUGUCUCAGCGGUGCACUACUGUCAUCUGAAGAACAUUGUUCACAGAGACUUGAAGGCAGAGAAUCUACUGUUAGACGCUGACGCCAACAUCAAAAUAGCCGACUUUGGCUUCAGCAAUGAGUUCUCGGCGGGCAGUAAACUGGACACAUUCUGCGGCUCUCCUCCGUACGCGGCCCCAGAGCUGUUCCAGGGGAAGAAGUACGACGGUCCAGAGGUGGACAUCUGGAGCCUGGGGGUCAUCUUGUACACGCUGGUCAGCGGGUCCUUGCCCUUCGAUGGACAGAACUUAAAGGAGCUGCGGGAGCGUGUUUUAAGGGGGAAGUAUCGUGUGCCCUUCUACAUGUCUACAGACUGUGAGGGAAUCCUGCGCCGCUUCCUGGUUCUCAACCCUACCAAGCGAUGCUCACUGGAGCAAAUAAUGAAAGAUAAGUGGAUGAAUGUCGGCUAUGACGGCGAGGAGCUGAAGCCCCACUCAGAGCCGGUGGAGGACUUAAAUGAUACCAGCCGCAUCGAUGUCAUGGUCGGGAUGGGCUUCACCAGAGAUGAAGUCCGAGAUUCACUGGUCAGUCAAAAGUAUAAUGAGGUCACUGCCACUUACCUGUUGCUGGGACGCAAAAAUGAGACGGACGGCAGUGAAUCUCGGACGGGCAGCAGUCUGAGUCUAGCUCGAGUCCGACCCAGCGCCAUGACCAACGGGACCAGCAAACACACCACCUCAUCAUCCGCUGCCACUUCUUCCUCCUCUGGCCACAAGACACAGCGCAGUGCCUCCACUUACCACCGCCAGAGACGACACUCUGACUUCUGUGGUCCAGCAGUUCCAGGGUCAACGCAUCCAAAGCGGAGUCCCAGUGGUACGGCUGAAGGGGCGGGGCUUAAGGAGGAGCGGACGUCUAUACGGAAGCCGAGCACAAAUCCUGUGGGAUCCCGUAGCAUCCCGACCCCGUCUAGUCCCAUGGUCAGCUCUGCUCACAACCCAAAUAAAGCCGAGAUACCUGACCGACGCAAGGAAGCUAACUCAACCACGGUACAGAAACAUUUAAAUAAUAUCCCUGCUAGUGCCAUGACUCGGAGGAACACGUAUGUGUGCACGGACCGAACCAACACUGAAAGAAACUCACUGCUGCAAAACGGCAAAGAGAACAGUUCCAUAUCCCACCGCCUCCCCCCUGCCUCGCCCUCAACCCACAGCAUAGGUGGUGCCUCUGGCAUCUCCUCCACGUCCUCCACGCCCUCCUCCCGCCUCUCCCGGGGCACCACGGUGAGGAGCACUUUCCACGGCGGGCAGAUCAGAGACCGCCGGCCUCCCUCCCACGCUCCCCCAGCCUCCCCUACACUGUCUCAUGACUCCAGCCCGCUGCCCCACGUCAGGACUCGGGCCACAACCAACCUGCUUAGCAAACUCACCUCCAAGCUGACCCGCAGGGUCACUCUUGACCCUUCUAAACGUCAGAGCUCAAACAAGUCCAUGUCGGGCUGCACCCUCCCACAGGGGACAAAAACAGUUAACGAACCUGAGAGAAUCAGCAGAUCUCCGGUCACAAGUCGCCAUCUAUCUGGGCAUCAGAAAGCGGCCGAGCCCCGGACCCCCCGAUGCGGCUGGGAUGUGAGGGUGCGGAGCCCCCGCGACCCGGCCGAGGUGGUGCUAGCGCUGCGCGAGGCGGCUCAGGGCUGCGGGUGCCAGGUCCACCUCGCGGGUCCUUUCCUCCUCUCCUGCACCCACGGAGCAGCCGGCGCUCGCGUCGCCUUCGAGGCCGAGGUCUGCCAGCUGCCCAGCGGGCUGGGCCAGAGCAGCGGUGUGAGGUUCAAGCGCCUGUGGGGGGCGCCGUUGGCCUUCAGAGACAUUGCCACCAAAGUGUCCAAAGAGCUGGAGCUCUGAGGGCGACGGGAGGCGGGGCAGAUUGAUGACGGGCGGGACAAGUUGACGACUGAGGAGGGCUGAGGAGGAGGAGGAGGAGGAGGAGGAAACCAUCGACUCCUCCUCUUCCUCCCUGGGCUUCACCUCAUCUGUUGUGGCUAGUGAUGCCUCGCCUCCGCCAAAGACCCUCUUCUCCUGAUGCCACAAACAGAUGCGCAGACACGUAGACCGACAUCAGCAGACUCAUGACCCCCCUUGACCUUGGAGCUGCCAGUGACCCACACCUCCUGCUUAGAACCUCCGUAUUGUGUGAGCCCUCAGAGUCACCGUUUAGUUUUUUUAUAAUUCAUGUUUGAUGAUGAUAUGGACGGUGUUGUUGAGAGUGAUGGAGAGUGAGGAUUUCUUCUUGUUGUUGUUGUAAUUCCUAUUCGAUCUUAUUUGUCAUCAUUCCUUUUUAAAGAGCUGCUAUCUAAAGAUACUUUUUUUUGUGUGUUUUAAAUUCAUUUUCUCUCUUUGAAUGCUUUUUAAAUGAGCAGGAGUUUGACAUCUGUUGUCAUUCUUGGAAGCCGGUGUUGCAUAUUUAAGAAGUGAGGGCGCAGUGUGACCCCGGGCCUCUAGAGGGAGACAUGCAGAAAUGCAAAGACUUAAAAGGAGCAUCAUGGCCUUUCUGCAACGUCAUUUAAAAAUCACUAAAUUUACUGCUCAGUGAGGUGUUUAGUUUGUUUCAUGUUUUUACUGAAUUCAAUACUCUGGACUCAGAGCGCACAGACGAGCAAAGCAGGAUGUAAAAUAAGACCCAGCUGAUAUACAUUCACGACCUUUACCAACGAGAAAAAGUCAAUUACAUUAAGUGAACAAUAACAUAUAUUUUAGUUAACAGCUGACUUGAUCUGUACCAGGAAUCAUGAUUUGAGACGGGCAGAGAAUAACAAUGUUACAGACUAGAACCUCAACGUUUAAUUUUAAAAAAGCUGGGUUUUUUCAGCUGAUAAUAAAUGCCAUAUUCUGAGACCACCAUGCACUCUAUUAACUAUCAGUUUAUUAUCAUUAUUUCACCCUCUAAAUUGAGAAGAUUAAAUUGUUGCUCAGCACAUAUCGCAUGCUGCUUCCACUGAGUGCCCUGCAUCACUUUCUGGUCUGAUACAUUUCGAUUCUGCGUCUUUUCAAAACGAUGCAACAUUCAUUAUUUUAAAUAUCGACGGUAUCAAAAAGUAAAGGAAGCAUAAAAAAAAAAAUUGUCCAUAUUUUUUAACCCAGAACUUCUCGCAGCAUAUUCUGACGUUUCUAAAGUCUUUGAGGCGUCUCAUAAAUGUACAACUGGUUGGUACUUAAAAACAAAGAAUCUACCCAACAUUGGGGGUCCAGGAAUUCUGUUUUUGUUGUCAUGGUUUCAGAACAGGUAUUCAUUUUGUUAUAUUUGUAUUUUUUUUUUUUUUACUAGAAUCGUAUCAAAGUGUAAAAACGCUGGUAUCAUGGCGGCCCAGCAUCCAGACAACUAAUCAGAUCACAUUCAUGGAAACAAAUAUUUUCUCUUUCACCAUAAAGAGAUUCUCCCGGUUUGAUUGCUCUCAAACUGGUUUUGAUGUCCCCUCGGCUUGUCACUGUUUUUAUCUGAUAUAAUCAGAUGUGUUCAUGCAAACCACAAACCUGAUCAAAACAUGAAACUAAAAAAAGCCUUCAUUGUUGGUUUACAUCUUAAAAACAGAGAUUUCACUAAAUCUUUGAAUCCCAGUACACAGCAGCUGACUGUUACACAUCAAGUUGUUUUAAUUCAUCUAAUCUUUAGAAUAUAUUUUCAUAAACACGUCUACAGUAUCCCGUACUGUUGUGUAGUAAACAGAGGAGUCUGUUUUAGUAACAAACAGCUGUUGCUAUGGCAGCACUCUGACAUCACAGUCUGCAUCGACUGUCCUCAUAAUAACGUGCAAUACAGCCACAAAGCUGAGACUUGAAUACACAUUCAUUUAGACUCAACAGGGCUCUGUGAUUUAUUCUUCAUUAUGUUGAUUUGUUGUUAAAAUUCAUUGAGCACUUUUCUGAUUUUAGCCGGGUUGGCCUUGUACUGAACCGGCACCUUUUUUUUUUUUUUUUUUUUUAAUUCAACCGUAAUUUGUUUUGUACAGUUUUUAAAAAAUGUCGAUGUCUCACAUGAUUAAAGCCGACGCGAGUGAAUAGCUGAAAUUUGAAUGCCUUUACUCACAUGAACGGCUUCUUGAAAUCAUUCACUUUCCACAGUAAUCCAACUUCCAAGUUCAGCACCCUCGGAAAAAAUCAAGAUUCAUCUUUCUCUGUUACAUGUCGUCAUUUUUU